AAUGGAAAUUCAGACAAGCCAUACAAAUAUUUCAGUAGUCCAAGAACAAAAGCAUAUCUGCUGAAAAACAAAAAGUUGCUGAUGAUGGCCAAUCUUUCCUUCAACAAUUUCUUCAUCCUUUUCCUUAUUAUAUCAGUUUCAUCUAUGGUCCCUCAAGCAAGAGCACAGAAAAAGUGUCAAGAGGUUUUACAUGAAAUUGGAUGUGUACUGGAGGAUUGUAAGAAAGAAUGUUAUGAAAAGCAUAACGAAAAUGGAGGCGUUUGUAUUCCGAACCAAGCCAAGGAAGACUAUUCUUGUUAUUGCUUUUGGACAUGUGGCUGAUAACUUUCUACACCUUAUUCCCAUAAUCCAUUGUUGUUUCUUCUAAUAAUUUUGCAACUUUUGGAUUAAUGUUUGAUAAUCCAAUAGUUAAUCAAAAACUUUUUUCAAUGUUUUCUA